UAUGCUGUCCCUAUGAAGUGUCACGACUCUUUCUUCAUUAAACUUUAUGGAUACUCUACUCACUGCGAGUGACUUCGCUGAAUGAAGAACCAGCUUGUUUUAACCAAAACCUCAUCAGGCACAGACACACCUGCAGUUUUUGUUAAAGUUUCGUAAAUUUAUUUGGGUUUUAUUUUAUGUUAUUUAUAGAAUUUUACUUUAUGUCAUUAAUAUGAAUUAUUUUCAUUUUUUGGUGUUUAAAAUGCCAACAUUUUCACAUAACGUCCACAUGAUCAUCUGAAGAUGUCAUUUUUAAAUAUUAAAUGAUUGGAGUUUCAUCGUUUGGUACUCAAGUCGCCUUUUUACCCAAUACUUUUUUGCUCUUACUUGACUAACUUCAUGGUCGAGUACGUUUUACAUUUACUUGAGCAGAAAUAAGUUAAAGUAGCACUUCUCUCACUCGAGCACAACUUUUGUCUGCUAACAACCUCCACUGAUUAUAUUUCCUUUUUCUCCAACAAAUUGUUGCAGCUAUGGUGGCUAUUUCUACCUUAGCACUUUGUGCCAUUUUGGUCGAGCAUUUAACAACCAGUAGAGAGCAGUGUUGUUCUGCCUCUUAUUACCAAUUACUGUGAUUGUGCUAAAUAUGUUUUUAUUUGUUGUUGUUGUGUGUUUCAGGUUUCUGUAAGUCAUGUGUGCAUGCUGCUGCUUGUGGAUGAGAUGAGAAAUGCCAUCCCUGUUUUUGCACAUCAUUACCAGGAGCACAGCUGCAUCCUUUCACACGCUGAUAAAUAACCCCCCAGUCUGACACACACACACACGCGCACACACACACACACACACACACAUAGUUUUCUCUGACCGGGCCUGGAGCCCUGACAGUGAUCUCCCUGCACAUGUGUGAAGGAGCGUCUUCAGUUACCACCCUGCCUCUGCACACACAUUAGUUUGCGAAGGUUAUUUUGAGCUGCAGAAGUCCUUCUGUAGCCCAGCGAAAUAAUAGGAGGAGUCGAGCUCUUCACUGUCCAUUCUGUUCCUCAGAGCUCAUUACUGCGGCUGACAGAGGGGGAGGGAAAGGUGUUCUCUGCAUGGAACUUCAAGUUGGAUCCUCAUUUUAAAGCGAUGGAGAACGGGCCUCUGCAGGUCCUGACCUUCCCUACGGCCCCCUACCCCGACCAGAGACCAGGAGCCAGCGGCCUCAGGAAGAAGGUUUAUGUGUUUCAGUCCAAGAGGAACUAUCUGCACAACUUCAUCCAGAGUAUUUUCUCCUCCAUAGACCUGCCCGACCGUCAGGGUGCAACCCUGGUGGUGGGAGGAGACGGACGUUUCUUCAACAGAACGGCUAUCGGGGUCCUCGUUCAGAUGGCAGCCGCCAACGGGAUCGGUCGCCUCAUCAUUGGUCACCAUGGGAUGAUGUCGACGCCAGCGGUGUCCUGUGUGAUCAGAAAAUACAAAGCCAUCGGUGGGAUCAUCUUCACUGCCAGCCACAACCCUGGUGGACCCAAUGGAGACUUUGGCAUAAAAUUUAACACAGCAAAUGGAGGUCCAGCCAAGGAGGAGGUCACAAGCAAAAUCUACCAGCUCAGCAGAACCAUUGAGGAGUUUGCCAUUUGCCCCGGAUUGCGUGUGGAUCUGAAAAUGCUCGGCAAACAGGCGUUUGAUCUGGAGAACAAGUUCAAACCCUUCACAGUGGAGAUAGUUGACCCUGUGGAGUCCUAUGCCAACCUCCUGAGGAACAUCUUUGACUUUGCGGCUUUGAAGGAUCUUCUGUCUGGCGAGAAUCAUAUCAGCAUAAGGCUGGACGCCAUGCAUGGAGUGCUGGGACCAUAUGUGAAGAGAAUACUGUGUGAGGAGUUGGGUUGCCCGGCAAAUUCUGCCAUUAACUGUGUCCCGUUGGAAGACUUCGGAGGUCAAGCGCCCGAUCCGAACCUUAUGUACGCCACAGACCUGGUUGACAGCAUGAGAGACGGACAGUAUGACUUUGGAGCAGCGUUCGAUGGGGAUGGGGACCGCAGCAUGAUCCUGGGUAAGCAUGGCUUCUUCGUCACCCCGUCUGACUCAGUGGCUGUGGUAGCCGACAACAUCUUCUGCAUCCCGUACUUUCAGCACACGGGCGUCAGAGGCUUUGCCCGCAGCAUGCCCACAAGCACGGCGUUGGACAGAGUAGCCAAAGCAACGAAAAUAGAGCUGCAUGAAACUCCCACCGGCUGGAGGUUCUUUGGGAACCUGAUGGAUGCCGGGAUGCUGUCUUUGUGCGGAGAGGAAAGCUUUGCGACAGGUGGGGACCACAUUCGCGAGAAGGAUGGGCUUUGGGCUGUGCUGGCAUGGCUGUCCAUCAUCGCGACCAGACGGCAGAGCGUGGAGGAUAUUUUGAAGGAUCACUGGCUAAAAUAUGGAAGGAAUUAUUUCACAAGAUAUGACUAUGAGAACGUAGACAUAGACGCGGCGUGUGACAUGAUGGAGGACCUGGAGAUCCUGAUCUCUGACAAGUCCUUCGUGAGGCAGAGAUUCGCGGUCGAAGACAAAAUCUACCAGGUGGAAAAAGCUGACAACUUCGAAUACACCGACCCGUUGGACAGCACCAUAACCAGGAACCAGGGUCUGCGGAUCAUCUUCUCUGAUGGCUCCAGGAUCGUCUACAGGCUGGGUGGGACGGGCGCCGAGGGAGCCACCGUCAGGAUCUACAUCGACAGCCACGAAAGGAAACUUCUAUCUGAAGAGACGCAGGUGAUGCUGGCACCCCUGGCGACCAUUGCUCUGAAGAUUUCUCAGCUUCACCACAGGACGGGUCGAAACGGCCCAUCGCUCAUUACUUAAAAGCUCCCCCCGAAAGCCCUCAACUUCCCGAGUUUUAUAUAUAUUUUUUUCUGUUUUGUUUUAUUGCUCUGCCUUUAUUUUUUGUAUAAAUAGUGCAGGAAGUCAAAGAGUGAAAUCACUGUGUGCAGCCGAUGAAAUUUCUCACUCAUAUUUGUAGUUUUCCUCAUGCAUCUGGUAUGUAAUAUAAUUUUGUUUUGUUUUUUUGCCAUUUAUCUGCUUUGUGCUUUUGGAUUUUUAUCUGGUUUGGUUUGUGCCAGAUCAGAGGAAAUCAUUAUUUCACACAGCAUGGCUUUGCUUCCUUGGACUGUAAUUAAAAGAAAGAUUGUUUUCUGAAUACUACUAUGAGCUGAAUUUUACAUAAUCAAGCUAGCUACAUAUUUUAUACAAUAUUAUAUUUGAAUACAAACACUGCAUCAGUUAAAAACGUGAUAAUAAAACAAAACAAAGAUGAACUUCUUUCUGUAAGCUUCAAACUUCAAUCUUUUAUGCUCUCUAAUUUGGGGAAAUUAAAACUCCUCAGCGAGUAAUAACUUAAAACCGAACAAAAGCCAGCCCACCAUUAAAAUCAGCACUCCAGAAAAUUAUGAAAAAAGAAAAAAACAAACAAACAAACAAACAAAAAACAAUUCAUAAUAUUGUCAACCAAAUUGCUCUCCCCCCCCCCUGUCAUCAUGAAUAAACCCACAUUUCUUUGUACAGUGUGCCGUUUCCAUCUAAUAUUUGUUACGGAGCCCGGAUGAGACGGGAAGACUACCGUAUGAAAGAAGAAUAUUUUAGCUGCAAGAUUUCCAUCUAGACAACGACAGCAGGAGUCACUAAUAUCUGCUCCAGCUCUCUGAUCACUGACAGCCGUUGAAUUGCUGCUUUCUCUUGGCUCCUGAACCCGUCAAGACAUCCACACAGUCAGGUCCUUUUGUGUUCUGCAUUUCUACAAAAGACAUAACAUUUUGACAAGUGAGUCAUGUAUAUGGUUGAGGAAGAUACGCUUCCACAAUAAAGAAAGAUACACAUCUGAAUAAAUGUAUUAAUCCA